ACCAAUUGUAAAUCAAACGUAGAAGAAGAAGAAAACUUCCGGUGUCGGCUUCCGGCUGAAACCACAUGGACUACAGCUGACACCGGUUAGAAAAGCUAAACGAAACAAGCAAUCAGCCAUCUUUUAUUCCUGCCUUCAGAAUUGACCUGAGUCCAUCUUUGGUUCUGUCUUCAUGUCCUCAUCAGAUGGCUGAAGAGGAGAAUAGUCGUGGGUUGAAGUUUGCAGAGCGCCAGCUCCGGCGCCACGGCUGGGAGCAUGGUAAAGGACUGGGACGAGCUGAGAACGGCAUAUCAGAGGCAAUCAAAGUCAAAGUGAAAUGUGACAAAGGAGGCGUUGGUCAUAAAGAAGGGGAGCAGUUCAGUUUCCACUGGUGGGAUCACGUCUUUAACAAGGCAUCUGCCAGCCUGCAGGUGGAGAGCGAUCAGAACGGAAUAAAGGUGAAGAAGACGGCGGAUGGAGAGGAUGGAACAAUCUCCAAUAAAAAACCACGGAAGGCCUUGCUGGAGAGAGCCAAACUGUAUGGAAGCUUUGUGAAGUCCGCCACGCUGCUGUCGGGUCAGGAGCAACCAGAACCAAAACCAUCCAGCUCAGACGACAGCAGCUCUGAUGAGGACGACCAGCACCUGGAUCUAUCCAGCACCACAAAACUUUCUGACUCUGCCCUGAUGAAGGUCUGUGGAGGACGCACGGCUCACAAAGGAGCGAGGCACGGGCUCACCAUGAGCGCCAAGUUAGCCAGACUGGAGCAGCAGGAGGCGGAGUUCAUGGCCAAGUACGGCGGGAAGAGCCAGGCGCCGAAGUCUCCAUCAGUUUGUGUCAGAGCGACGACUCAGACAGACGAGGGAACGGAGGAGUGUUGCAGGAAAAAGAAAAGCUCCACAGAGAAAUCUGAUCUGAUAAACAGUCGGGAGGACUGCGGACCUCCUGAAAAAAGAAGUCAAACAAAAAAGAAGAAGAAGAAGAAGAAAGAUGAAGCUGAGGAGCGAGUUUCCACAGACGAAGGCGCAGAAAGAGAAAGUCCAAAGGAAACUGGAGAGGUGAACUCCAGAGGAAAACAGAAGAAGAAGAAAUGCUCCAACAGGGACGUUGGACCUGCAGAAGAAGACAGUUGUGAUAAAGAGUCUGAAACUCUGGAGGCAGAAGGAGUUUGCGUGAAAACUGAGAAGCAGAAAAAGAAGAAAAAUAAAAAGUUCUCAGAGGAAAUGGAGGACGACGAGGCGAUUCCUCCAAAGAAGAAGAAAAAGAAAUCAAACGAAUAAUAAGAUUAAAUCACAGCCAAGAACAGUUAUCUUUUAUUUUUAUGAAAAAGAGUUUUUCUUUUUAACUGAUGAACUGGUGCUUUAAAACUCUGAAUAAUGCAGAAGGAUGUGUGUGUGUGUGUGUGUGUGUGUGCGUGUGUGUGCGCGUGUGUGUGUGUGUGUGUGUGUGUGUGUGUGCGCGUGCGUGUGUGUGUGUGUGUGUGUGUGUGUUCGCUAGAAUAAUUGUUGAAUCAGUCAUGAUUGUAAAACAUUAAUUUUCUUUACUGAUGCCUGAAUGAACUCCAAAUUAUUUUUAAGUCUUCAGCCUUAUAGGAACUAAGUAAUAAAACUAAGUAAAAAAUUA